GUCAGAAUGAGCCAAGGAAUGCUAUUGGUUAUCAGAACACGUACGCUAGGCUCCACUUCCCUUCUUCUGCUGCCUGCACGCCUCCUGCUGCCUCUUCAUCGUUCAACUUUUCAAAGUUGAGUGUCAGUUUUCGUUUUGUGUUUUCAGGACUGUCGGUUGUUAAAGAACACCACCAUGGCCUCCACAUCAGAGUUGAAGAUCGGUCAGAAGCUGAAUGAGGGAAAGACAAAGGAGAUUUUUGAGCUUGCGGACCAGUCUGGGCUGGUUCUGGUCCAGUCCAAAGACCAGAUAACAGCUGGAAAUGCCGCGAGGAAAGACCAGAUGGAGGGCAAGGCUGCCAUCGCCAACAAAACAACGAGCUGCGUGUUCAAGCUGCUCCAGGAAUCUGGCAUUAAGACUGCCUUUGUGAAGCAGCACUCUGACACUGCGUUCAUCGCAGCCCACUGUGAUAUGAUUCCCAUUGAGUGGGUAUGUCGCAGAGUGGCAACUGGAUCCUUCCUCAAGAGGAAUCCAGGAGUCAAAGAAGGAUACCGCUUCUCCCCUCUGAAGAUGGAGAUGUUCUUUAAAGAUGAUGCCAACAAUGAUCCCCAGUGGUCAGAGGAGCAGCUGCUGGAGGCCAAAUUCUCUCUGGCUGGGCUCACUAUCGGUCAGUGCGAGGUGGACAUCAUGAAUCGCAGCACUGUGGCCAUUUUUGAGAUUCUGGAGAAGUCCUGGGCCACACAGAACUGCACGCUGGUGGAUAUGAAGAUUGAGUUCGGCGUGAACGUGAAGACUCAAGAGAUUGUCCUCGCUGAUGUGAUCGACAACGACUCAUGGAGGCUGUGGCCAGCUGGAGAUCGGAGCCAGCAGAAGGAUAAGCAGGUGUACCGAGACCUUAAAGAAGUUACCCCUGAGGCAAUGCAGAUGGUGAAGAAAAACUUUGAGUGGGUCUCUGAAAGGGUCAAGCUGCUGCUGGAGCACAAGGCCAACGGCAGGGUGGUGGUUUUGAUGGGCUCCACUUCGGACCUGGCUCACUGUGAAAAAAUCAGGAAGGCCUGCAUCUCCUACGGGAUUCCCUGCAUCCUGAGAGUCACCUCUGCACACAAAGGUCCAGAUGAGACAUUGCGCAUCAAAGCAGAAUAUGAAGGUGACAGCGUGUCCACUGUGUUUGUGGCUGUAGCCGGCAGAAGUAACGGCCUUGGCCCUGUGAUGUCUGGAAACACGGCAUAUCCCGUCAUCAACUGCCCACCUCUCACUCCAGACUGGGGUGCACAAGAUGUCUGGUCAUCCCUGCGUAUGCCAAGCGGUCUUGGCUGCUCGACAAUCCUCUCCCCCGAGGCCGCUGCUCAGUUCGCCGCGCAGAUCUUCGGGUUGACCGAUCACCUUGUGUGGUGCAAACUGAGGGCCUCCAUGCUCAACACCUGGGUGUCUCUCAAGCUGGCUGACAAGAAGUUACAGGCCUGCAGCCUGUGAAGUGGCUCAAGACGCCUCUGAGCCAAGUGUUCUCUGUUAGAGCUGUCUGUCAAUGAUGUGUCUUUUGUUUACCAUGAAAACCCACUAACAGUAGAAUAAAUCUACCUGUACUUUCUCACACGCAUAAAUCAUUCCAUUAAAGAAGAAAAUGAUUAAAAGCUUCUUGAUAAAA